AUGGAUGCGUGGUUCAACAAAACCCCGACCGAGCGCGAGAAGGAUGAGAUCGAAAAGGUGAAAAACGUCCUCCGCAAGCAGCGGUGCGAUCCGCCCAUCGCGCCGGACGAACCCGCGCCGAUGACUAUUCGCCCGUACGACUGCGAUCCGGGAGAUCACCAGCACGACUACCAGUUCACGUUCAAGAACGCGCUGACGACGGUGUUCGACGUGAAGCGCGUCAUGGCGAAGCGCGACAACGUCCCGAGGGAGGCGCUCGACGUCGUGUUGGGCGGCAAGGCGCAGACGCUGCUGGAGUGCGGCGUGGGCGCCGGCUACAUCGUGUACCUGAGAGUCGACCCCGCCAAGUUUCGGGAGAUGGCGACGACCACGAUGGAGCAAUUCCCGGGCGGGGAGAGAGUGCCGAUCACGAGGAUGGUGCACAAGGACGGGACGUUCACGCUCGAGUGA